GAGAUGGUGCGUGGACCAGAGUAUGUUGUGAAGUCAUAUCCGAGAUUUUGUACUCGAGGAUAUGCAUUCACAACUCAAAAGAGGAGACGUUCGAGUACGACUUAUGAUGCUGGCAUUUGUUCUGCAUCUGGAGAUGAUGUAUACUACGGAAACAUACGGGAGAUUAUGGAAAUCAAGUAUCCGGGCAUGGUUGGAUUGCGUUGUACUGUUUUUUAUUGUGAUUGGUACGACAAAACUCCAGAUCGAGGUGUGAGAACAGAUGCAUUUGGUGUUACAUCAGUACAUUCGAGGCGAAAGUUGCAAUAUUAUGAUCCUUUCAUUCUUGCUUCUCAGGCCGAUCAGGUAAUUAAAUAUAAAUAUAUCAAUUAUUCAUAAUGAUUCAUCAUCAUGUGUAUUAAUAACACUUAUUUACAAAUUAAAUAAUUUUUUAAAUGUUACAGGUCUGUUAUAUCAAGUACCCCCGGGUUAGGAACAGAGAUGAUCCAUGGGUCACUGUUACUUCACUCAACCUGAGAGGCCGAGUUCAGGGAAGUUCUGAGCUGGAAGACCCACUACAACCAAGCACAUCCGGUAACUUAAAUGCAGCAGAAGAUUUAGUUGCAGUUGGCCUUGUAGUCGAUUUAACCGACUUUGGAGAUGAAGCCGUCGUUCAGCCACUGUCGGGAUUCUUCAUUUCCCGCUCCGGUUUUUGCUCCCGCUGCUGCACCCUCUCCCGUUGCUGCACCCCCUCCCAUUGCUGCACCCCCUCCCGCUCCUCCAGUCGUUCCGGGAGUGAUGACUGUUGCCCAGUUGGUUCAACAGCCCGGUCGUGAGCAUCUUCCCUAUCUCACUCCGUGUCCAAAGGGACGACUUCAAACAUGGUAAUUUAAAGUCUUUUUUUUUCCUUUCAUUAAAAUUUGAUUCAUUAUUAAUAAUUUGUUUCUUAUAUUAGGUUCAACCGAUCCGGGAACGGGAUCAGCGCAUGGAUCAACAAUAUGAUGUACUCGAACCUCAGCAAGGGAUAUCCGACUUUCACUCACUUCCCUGCCGAGGACCAGGAGAUGUGGUUUCGUCAGUUUGCGCAAGAGUUCACCUGGAAUCCCGAUCACACGAACUUUAUCCUUGACGCCUUCGUCCAUAAAGUUAUGGACAACUAUGGGAAGCAGAUCUACGAGUGGAAGCAGAAGUGGCUCAUCAACCAGGUUUUUUUUAAUUUAUUAAACAAUUUUUUGAAUUUAUUAAACUAGUUUUGGAUUUAUUAAACUAUUUUAUAUUUUUUAUUAAAAGGUCCCGAAGUCGAUUAACAGCACGGUCUGGGAGGAGUUGUGUGUGCAUUGGGAUAAGGACGAGACGAAAGCUACCUCUGUGACCAACUCCGCCAACCGAAAGAGCGAUCGUGGCGGGAAGGGCAUGUACAAGCACAAUUUGGGUGCCCAGAUUAUUGCCACUCUGGGGGAUCGCUUGGUAAGUUCAAUCUCUCUCUUUUUUUUUAAUUAUUUAAGUAUUUUAUUUUAAUUUUUAUGCAUUUCUUCUAAUUUCUAAUGUUUGUUUAACUUUUGUUUUUUUCAAGGCGGAUGAAAAUGAUGGCGAGCCGGUUGAUGAUUUCGUCCUAAUGAAGACGGCGCAUACCAACAAGCACACCGGGGAGAUUGAUGAUGGUGUUGUGAGGGAUGUGCUCAGCCUGAUCGAAACUCAGAAGGAAGACGAAGAGACCCGUCUAUCUCAGCUUCAAACCGACCUGGACGCCACUUCGACGGCUUCGACCAACUUGUCCCGGAUUCGAAUCAACGAAAUCGUUGAAUCGUCGGUUCCAAAGAAGAAGGGACGUUUGGUCGGUUUGGGUCGUCGAGCCCGGUCGGUUCCUCCUUCUGCACCACAGCCCUAUGUUGAUCCAGAAGUGCUUAUGGACCCGUUGAAGGACAAAGAUGACCGCAUAUCUGCGUUGGAGCAAAAGAUGGCGGAUCAAGAGGCGGGAUGGGAGGCAACGAGGAAGCAGAACGAGCAAAUGAUGGAGAUGAUGAAGAGGAUGUACCCGAACGAGCCGUUCCCGUAGUUUCUUUCUUUUUUUUUCAAAAACUCUGAAUGUUUUAUUUUGGUAUGUAAAACUUUGAAUAUUAUCAUGUUUUCUAUUUCAAUUUUAAUUUUAUUUUUUCGAAUUUCAAUUAAAAAAAUAAAUUUUUAAUUUUUUAAAAAAAAUUAUUUUUGGGAACAUUCCGAGGAAGUGUAUCCCUCGCGAUAUUCCGACGACAACUUCCUCGGAAUUUUCCGAGGGACAUAUCUCCUCAGAAUAUCCCGACGGAUACACUUCCUCGGAAUAUUCCGACGGCAAAGGUUUCUCGGAAUAUUCCGACGGCCGAUGUUCGUCGGAAUAUUCCGAUACCUCUUUUCUCUCAGAAUGUUUCCGAGGACCGUUCCAUCGGAAAUAUCCGAGGAGAUACCGAGGAACAGUCCUAGGAAAUGUUUCUUCGGAAUGUCCUCGGAAUCUUUAAUUCUCGGUAUUCCCUUGGAAUUUUCCGAGGAAAUUCCGAGGAAAUUUUACUUUCCGACGAGAAAUUUCCGACGACCAUUCUCGUCGGUAUGUCCUCGGAAUAACGGUAUUCCAAGGACAUACCGACGAGAAUGGUCGUCGGAAUCCCGGUGUUUUCUUGUAGUGGUGAGAGAUUUGUGAUUGGAACUCCAUUUGAUUCAUCUAUUCUAUUCUAUGCAGUUUUCAUUUACAUUUUGUGUCAUGAAAUGCUUAGCUAUGUCUGAGUAGUUCACUUGUUAGAUUCAGGGUUCAAAUAGGUUAGAGGGAUUAGCCCCAACUAUUGAUUGCUAUGUUGUGGUAUUUAUUGAUAGAUUGAUCUUAAUGCUUGUUCUAGAUUAGCUACCUAGAAUAUUGAAUCUAGGAAUCUGCAUGAGUCAAGCAACCUUGACCAUCCAGUCCUGAAUCUAAUCUGUCAGACUAGACGAUAGGAAAAAGUCUACCGCUGAACCAGGAAGCUAGUGGUCAUUAUCAACUUGCGCCUAGGGCUAAACUAGAAGCAUCGAUCGAUACUGUCUUCUGACAAUCGAUCGAUCUUGCGAAAGGUGUAUCGAUCGAUGCCCCUAUAGGACCAUCGAUCGACACUUUCUUGUGGUCAAAAAACGACAGUUGAGAUCCAAGAUCUAGUUAGUUAACUAGUGAAACAUUGCCAUUGCUGAUCACUGUGUUAAGGGGUUGAGUUCUAACAUAUAAUGCAAGCAACUGAUAGGCAUCUAUAGGAUUAUAAUCUCCAACACCUGAAUAGAAACCCUGCAUCUAAUAUCUUUCCAAUAAGUUACACCCCCAAUCAUCUUGUUAGUCGAGCAAUAGACUUGCUCAUUUAGGAUUGCUAUUUACUUUUAAACCAAUAAAUAACAAAAACCUUAGAAUUAAUAAUCAUGUAGAUUUAAUAGGUUCCCUAGCUCCUUGUGGAUUCGAUCCCUAAGUACUACAAUUGAACCUCUUAUUUGAGAGAGUAAUUCACUCCUUAGGGUAAUUUGAGUGGUAUCAAUCGAUAUUCCUCUAGAAUCAUCGAUCGACACUUAGAUCCGGUCAAUACCCAAACGUAGAAAGCGAACGCCGAUUGGUUUGUUCAUAAGCGUUUGAGCUCUAUAAUAUCAUGCAUACAACUGUUAGGCAUCUGUAGGAUUAUAAUCAUGAUUACCAAAAUAGAAAAUCUAAGUCUAGCUAUUUCAUUUAAGUACCAAAGACCCAAUCAAACCAAUCGAGAAACUGCCUUGCUCACAACCUGCUAUUUACAUUUAAACAUAAUCAACCUAGCUUAAUCACUCUGAUUAGAUUUAUUAAGUUUCCUAGCUCCUUGUGGAUUCGAUCCCUAAAUUUGGCGCCGUUACCGGGGAGCUUUGAUCGCCUAUAGAUAUGGUCUGAUUUUGUCUUGGUUACUUCUUUAAAUCACUUUCUGACAUAAAUUUUUUCUUGUCUUUUCAGGUACAUGCCUAACAGUACCAGAAGCAACAAGGAAACACCACUACUAUUCUCUUCAGAUCCUGCAAGCUGGGAACGUUCGAUCCGCAAAGGAAGACGCUUUCAUUGAUCGACAACAACACUAGUUCAUCGCUCGACACUCUCCAACCACCGUUGACCCAAACACCAAUUUCGUCGACGGACACUCGCUCACCACCAUCGACCGAAGCAACUCUUUUGUCGACCGAUAUCCUCCAUCCACAUCGAUCGAUACUUCAUCCCAAAAAUUGAUCGAUACUGAGCCGCGAGACAUGGUUGCCACUUUAGUUCUUGUGCGAGAUGAGAAUGGAGACCUGCAUGACCUGGAGGGUCAUCUGCGUAAUGCAGCAGGCCAGCGGAUAGAUGCUCAGGGGACUGUAAUCCAUGAGCCCGAUACUGAUGCUACAAGAGCUGCUCAGCCUGUAGAUGAGGCUGCUCGACCCAUAAAGUUUGCUGAUUACAACCGUACAGAUCAGUUCUAUCCCAACAGAUCAGCUAUUCAUCCUCCAACUAUCCAGAAAGGCGAUUUCGAGUUGAAGCCACGGUACUACACACUCGUGGGACAGACACCCUAAUGUGGGAUAUCUCACGAGCAUCCUAUGGACCAACUGGAGAGGUUUGAGGAUCUUAUAUCUGCUAUCAAAGUCAAUGGAGUCCCUGAGGACCACCUAUUCUGCAAGCUCUUCAAGUACUCACUUGCUGGAGAGGCUUCGCAUUGGCUUAAGCAGUUACCACCAGGAUCCCUUACAUCCUGGGCCAACAUCAAGAAUGCAUUCCUGCGUAACUUCUUUGAUCAGGCACAUGCUGAAGACUUGAGGAGCAAGAUUGCUACAUGAGCCUACAAAGUCAUUUAGAAGUUCUGGAUCAGAUUCAAGUCCUACCAAAGGGAUUAUCCAAACCAUGGAUUCAAUGAAGUAUAGCUGCUCAGUAAUUUCUUCAGAGGCAUCAAAGCACAGUAUCAGAUGGCUCUUGAUGCAUCUAGCGAAGGGAAUUUCAACACUAGAAAUCUAGAUGAAGCUGUGAGACUUAUUGAGAACUUGGUAUCCAUCAAUAACACCAAGAACACUGAUUUUGAGAGGAGGAAAUCUGCAGCCAUCCUUGGGAAGGUGCAGAUGGAUGAGGUGAAAGCAAAGCUGGACAGUCUUCACAAGCUUCUCAGGAAGUAGGCUUGCUUAUUGGAGGAUGCAGAUGCUGUAGUUACAGAGGGUAGAGCAGAAGUAAAGGAGGAUGUGAACUUCAUCAGUGGAACUGGAUUCCAGGGUUCUGAAAACAAGAGUGUAAACAGAAACUUCUAUGGCAAUGGACAUAUGAGUAACUUCAAAUAGAGUUCACAGUACCAGAAACCCUACAGCCAGAACUACAGCAGCAACAACAAUAGGAGUUAUGAAAACUAAUCUUACCAGGAACCACCACCACCCACUCAGGAGAGCAAUAUUGAAUCAAUGCUUGAUAGAGUUCUUGAAGGACAGCAUAACCUGACGGUGAACUUCAAUGGGAAGAACGAUUAUGCCUACAACAACCUGAACACAAAGUUUGAAACUUUGAGCACUCAUGUGAAAAAGCUGGAGAUGCAGGUAGUUCAGACAGGGGAAGCUGUUAAGAAGCAAGAAGCUUCAGCAAUGGGGUAGGAGAUGAUGCAAUGAAACACCACGUGAAUGCCAUCAUGGAUGAUGACUUCUGGCAAGUGGUGAAGCAUGAGAAGCUACAUGAAGGAGAUUUUGAAGUCGAAAGCUCGAUGAGUUUUGGCAGAUCGCAUUGGUGUCGAUCGACGCCAGACUUCGAACAUCGAUCGACGGAUUGCAACCAGAACUGAUCGAAAAGCUUACCAGAGCAUCGUUCGACGACACCUACAGAGUCGCCUGCAUUGUGCAAUGCCGUGAGGAUCAUGACUCACAAGGAGUUCACAGCUAGACACUUAAAUCCGCCCAGCCCUGUUUAUGUCAACAUCGAUCGGCAAAAUGAGCCAGCCAUCGAUCGACAAUGAGAGACCACCACUGAUCGACAACAUCCAGCGCCCAUCGAUCGGCGAGCACCUCUCACAUUCCGAGUGCAGUUACCAAAGAUCGACAGCGCACAAAUCAAUGCACUCAGGCCACAACCAAAACCUUCAGACAACCCACCAGAGACCACCAGUACACAUUCAGAAGAUGCACCAGAGCCUAUGCAAGUUGAUAAGGGUACUAUAGGGAAAACCUUGAGGAAGAGAAAGGACAAGGUUGCUAAGCAUCUGAAGAGAGGAGCUAAUGAGAAGGAGAUGGAUAGUUUUCGUAAGAGAGUCUUUAGGAUUCUACUGGAAAAAUCAUUCGAGGAGGCCUACGUUACCCACAGAUUGUGGAUGUUCUUCAGAGAGACCAAGGAGGCUGAAGAGGACAUUAGGAGAAUGUUCCAUUAGGCUAGAUAUAAGAUGAAGAAUGUGAUUACACUGAAGAAGAAGAGUGAUCCUGGGAAGUUUGCAAUACCAUGUCUGGUGAAGGGUAUUGAGUUCCCACAUGCAUUAUGUGACACAGGAGCAUCAAUCAGCAUUCUACCUAGGGUUAUGGCAAACCAUCUAGGUUUGAAGGUAGAGCCUUCCAAGGAAUCGUUCACUUUUGUGUAUUGUUCUCAAAGGAACUUAAGAAGGAUUGCAGAGACCUUGAAUGCAGAUUGGUACUGCCCUAGUUCCAGUAGAUUUCCAUGUCUUCGAUAUCAAGUUGAAGUGGAACUCUUCUUUGUUACUUGGAAGAGCUUUCUUGUCAACAAUAUGAGCAAUAUGCAACAUGCAAACCAACCAGUUGUGCCUGGCGCUCAUAGAUCCGCAUGUCUAUUAUGAUCCAAGUCCAGUUAUGAAGCCACAGACGUCCUCCUGAAGAAUCGAUGAUCCAGGACUCAUAGCAGCAUGUCACUGUGGAGCUGAGUAAGAGACAGAGUAAUCCGCGUCGAUCAAAACUCACACACCAACAUCGAUUGACUGUCCGAAAUCGAUCGAAAAUCAACCAGAAGAAUCGAUCGACAGUUCAUCCACAGCAGCACGUGACGAUUAGCCACCACAUUGUUAUCUGAGUUUUGCACUCGAAGCCGCUACAUCAUCACAGCAUCUAGAUGAGUAUGAUGAGGAUUAUGAGGGGGAACGAGUUACAGAGUAUCAAGGUAUUCGUGCUGAGGAAGAUAGACUUCUCCACCAUUCCUAUCGGAUAAGGAAUACGAAGUCGAUCGACAGAACCAUCCCAACAUUGAUCGACACUCAUCAUCACCAGACAAAUUGUAAACGAGCAUCGACCGACAUUGCCUACUACACAUCGAUCAACAAUGGAGUUGACCGUGCACAAGAAGGAAACUAUUCAAUUGGCAGUUGGGCAUAUGAUCACUAUCAUGAGAGCUACGCAAGAGAAAGAGCAAUACAUGAGCCGGGAGCAGAUGAGUAACAUGAAGGUUUCACUACCGAGGAACUGCUCAACCACCAGGAACGCUCAGAUACAGAUUCACUCUUUGCAGAAGUUUGUGGAAGAAGCACUCGUUUCUGUCGUCCUUUCACCAGAGCUAAACGCCCAUCGAUCGACAAAAAAGUUUCAACAUUGAUCGACAACCGUCCAAAACCACCAUCAACUGUAAGUGCAAAAGCUAAACAAAAUAAUAACUAUCUAACACUGGAUGAGUUUGGUAUUUUCAAGGAUCCAGAAGGCUAUGCAAGAGCAAUGAAUGGACACGAUUGCAAGUAUCCAGAGAGGACAUUCCAGAUAUCCUUCUAAUGGCUAAUGGCUAAUGGAGCAGAAAAUCUCUUCAUGCAACGACACAACCCUCUAGAGCACCAGCAUAGAGUUAUAAACGAGUUCUAUGACCCAACUGGUGGACUAGAUGAUCGUUUCAAGCCAAAGUGUCGACAACAUACUCGACUGUUGAUCGACAUCAGAGUCCCAACAUUGAUCGACCGACGUCCAGAGUUCGGAAAAAGAGCCUACGACCGUGAUGGAACAAGGAAAUUCCACUGGGAAGGGAAUGAUGAGUAUGGGGUCUACAGAGAUGAUCAUGAACAUGCACGAAAUGUAAAAGGACACAUCAUCCAUGUAUCUAAGGAUGAUAUAAGAAAUCUUCUGGUAAGAGCCUCAAUGGAUGAACACAGCUACAUAUGUCUUCCAGAGCAUGCACGGUCAUUCACCCAGACCAAGCUAGUACCAGAAAUCUUCACCAACAAUGAGAUAAAUGAGAUGCUUUAUGGAAUCUGUGGAGUCCAGGAAAAGAAUGAUGAUGAUUUCCAAAUGAAUCUUGAUGGUUUCUAAUACCCAUUGAAUGAUAGUAUUAGUUGGUUGACUACAUGCAUGGAGAGAUGAGGCAAGACAUAGUCAGAAUGCAGACACAGCGUGCGGCCGAAGCAAUUACACCAGCAUUGAUCGACAGAAACAUCUCGAUAUCGAUCGACGAUGAACUGUCACAAUCAAAUCCGAUGAAGUCUCGACCAGAUACUUACACUAGAGCAGAGAUUGAUCAGAUAGUAGAAGAGAUCUACAAAACUAUGGGAGCCCCAGAAGAGAGGCUUGAUAGGAGAUGUGAUGACAUCUAUUUCCCAUGGGACAUCACCAUCAGUUCUUUGACUUCUCAGACAUAAGCAAUGCAGAGGGAGAUAGUGGAGCUUCAGAGAUACAUCGCGUGUCGUCCAGAGGCAUCGACAGGCGCAUCAACAUAUCGACCGACAGUCACAGAAGAACAUCGAUCGACAAAACCACACCAACAAACCGAGGAGAGCUAGUAACAAAGGUGAAAUUAGAUAUGUCUGAUACAAAAAAACAUGGAGAGGAGAUCUCAGCUGACACAUACGCCAGACUUGUGAUACAUCAGUUCAAACUUGAAUGACUUGGAGACAGACUGCAGAAGAUAGAAAAUACAACUGCAAGAAUGAAAGUCAAAUGGUGCAGAGGAGAUGAGGCAGUGAAAGACUUCACUGGUACAUGGUUCAACAAGAGCAGAGAAGAGAUGGAGACUUGCUUCCCAGCAAGUACCUGUUUUCCACAUUACUAGCCAAAUCAACUCCAAUGUCAAGCUAAAUGACUAUAAUAAAGCGCUGAGUGGGAGGCAACCCACUAUUAGGUAAUUUUAAUUGGUUUUCAUUAGUUUAGUACUUAUGCCCGUUUUUGAAUUUUUGCAGGUCAUUAAAAAAAAACAGAUCCAAGUAGACGAUUGCCAAGAAUAUCAAACGAUGAGAUCCAGCCGAUAUCAAUCGACAGAACAUCACCUGCCGAGACCGAUGACAACAACAACACAUCAAUCGAUAUUUAUUCCGGUCUGGUAUAUCGUUCUUACUUGUUAAAUGGAGUCCUUUUGCUUUAGUUAUCACCACAACAUGAUAGGCCAUGGAUUUUACCCACUUUUAGUCGUGGUUUAUAAGUGUUUUAAUAACUAAUUACUAUGUUGUAGAGUCUAUUUAGUAUAUUUAUAGGAUCAGGAGUGCUUUGGAAGAAAGUGAUGAUUUUGGAGCAUUUUGGAGACAAUUGGAGAGAGCAUCCGAGCUUACCAUCGAGCAAGAUCAACGGUCCACAUUUUGAGAUAAUAAUCGAUCAACGCACACCUUUUGACAUUGAUCGAAAGCGAAGCGCGCAGAAGCCUAUUUGGUUUCAGCAGACUUAGAGCCCAAGACUUCACCAAAUUACAAGAUUGCCCCUGGCGAGUUUUUAACCUAAUAUUUAUAGCUUGCCAAAGUGUUUUAGGCAAAGUGUGCUUUCUUGUUUUCUUAUUUUCACAGCAAAGGUUUUCUAGGAUUUUAGUAGAGUUGGAGAGAAGAUCCAAAGAGAUUUGUGAUUGAAACUCCCUUACUAUCUAUUAUCUAUUUAUGCAGUUUUUAUACCUUGUGGUUAUGAAUUGCUUAGCUAUGUCUAAGUGGUUCUAUAUAUAGCUAGGUUUAGGGUUUAAAUAGGUUAUGAGGGAUUAGCCCGAACUGUAGAUUGCUAAGUUGUGAUAUUCAUCAUUAGGAUUGUCAUUAAUGCAUGUUUAUAGUUUAGCUAGCUAGGAGUUGUAGGCACAAAUUAACACUUGAAUCUCACCCUGAAUCCGUCCUAAUUGAGCUAGGAUUGUUAGAGUAAGGUGAAAGCUAAUCUAGUAAGCCUAGUGAGCAUUAUUAAACCCGCGCGUAAAGCUUGACUAAGAGCGCGUCGAUCAAUAUUCCUAGAUAAUAGACGGAGCAAUAGGUGUAUCGAUCGAUAUUCCUUUAGAAUCAUCGAUCGACACUUAGAUCUGGUCAAUAGACAAACCUAGAAAGCGAACGCCGAUCGGUUUGUUCAUAAGAGCUCUAUAAUAUCAUGCAUACAACUGUUAGGCAUCUGUAGGAAUUUAAUCCUGAUUACCUGAAUAUAAACCCUAAAUCUAGCUAUUUCAUUUAAGUACCAAAAACCCAUUCAAACCAAUCGAGCAACUGCCUUGAUCACAACCUGCUAUUUACAUUUAAACAUAAUCAACAUAGCUUAAUCACUCUGAUUAGAUUUAUUAUGUUCCGUAGCUCCUUGUGGAUUCGAUCCCUAAGUACUACAAUUGAACCUCUUAUUUGAGAGAGUAAUUCACUGCUUAGGGUAAUUUGAGUGAGAUCACCAGGUCGGGGAGACAUGAGGAAAGUUCCCCGGCUCCUGUUAUUCCGCUUCAGUAUGCAAAGAUGACGAAGCUCGUCAAGACCGAAUAACAACCUUUCCUCGCGAGCUUUGAUCACAAGAGUCAGAAGAUGUCUUAGAAAAUUAGGGCACAUCUGGGUAAACGAACCCAAUUUUGAGAGUAAGUCAAGCACAAGCUCUGCAAUCAGGAAAGCAAGGCCACAAUCUUCAAAGUAUGACCCCCUUUCUUUAUCCGAAUCAAAAGAAAGAGGGAUGGGGGGAUAAUUGUUGGGCCUGAUUUUGGUCGAUCAGUUAUUGGGAUGGAAUCAAUCAAAGAGAGCGACCAGGCUUGAUAGUUUAUUUAAAACCGGCCCGUUGUCCAGAAAGAGACGAACUAGAGUUGGUCAAUCCGAGAUCCCGACGAUCUCGAAACAGUUGAGUCAAUCUCGGGAUAAUACAUCUAUAAGAAGAUAUAAGAAGAGAGAGGAAGACAGAGAACGGGACAAGUGAAACCCUAAAGUCUUACACCAAACACACCGACCUCGACCUCAAGCUCUCUUAUUCUUUUCACCUUGUAAUCGAUUUUAGUUUCACUCCAAUUGUAUCUCGAUCUCAUUCAAUCAUUGUAUUCAAUCAUAUUAACUCAAUAAAAUCUAUUUUUCUCAAUCGGGAUCUGAUUACAUCAUUGUGUUAUGACGAUAUUGUUACCCUCAUCUUUUUUAUUCCCUAAUUGUACAUUUAAACACUACCAAAUACCUACUGUGGGUAGGAUCCACAUUAAGGUAAUUUUUAAUGAUAAAAGGACAAUUCUUUUUAUUUUGCAUCGCCUAAAACUAGUGGUUGGCUCCCUAUGGAAGAGUGAGUUUACACUAAAACUAUAAUCUUAUUGGUUCACAUAAUUUAUCCAAAUACCUUAAAUGUUGUGUAAGGAGAAUUGAUCUUCUCUCUAACCAUAAAACAAGACUAAUGAAUAAUAGAAAGCGUAGCCGUCAACAAUGACUUAGAAAACACAUAAGUAGGGUUCAGAGUCUUCCAAGGGUAUUAUGGUAACUUGUGGUAACUUCUGGGCUUUAGUUGUUAAUGAAAUAAACUCGGCCCGCAUUCUGGAAUCAACGUCAACCGACACCAAGGGUGCACCAUCGAUCGAAAUUCCAUUCGUCUCGUUGACAGCUCUCUCUCGCGAGACAGACUAACCACUCCUCCGUAACACAUGCAUAAGUUUUGAUCUAACCGUUUGAUUGACCUCAAACCGGUGGCAUUGGAAAGCUAUUUUAAAGCUCUAUCUUUGUUUUUUUAAAGAUGGACUCAUUCUCACCGUGGGAAGGUCUGCAUUCAUAUCUAAACAUCUGACACGUCUGUACAGCCCUGCACCUCAAAAGGUUCCAAAAGACUUCAAAAUCACCACUUUCCUUCAAAUCGUCCAUUAACCUGAAAUUAUACUAAAUAGACUCCUAUAUAGAAUAAAUAUGUCUAAAAACAUCUAUAUACCAUGGCUAAAAGUGGGUAAAAUCCAUGGUAUAUCAACUCCCCAGACUUACCUUUUUGCUUGUCCCCAAGCAAAAGAAACGGCAAUCUCUCUAAAAGAGGUUUGAAAACAGCAGGGACUCACACAAUUUAAGAACUCAUAUCAUCACCUCUACAUUAUUGCAAACCACAUCAAAUCAAUCACAACUUUAGAGGUACUUUAUAUGCAAUAUCCUAGCAUAACAACCAAUUCCAUAUCAGCAAACAACUUAACUAAUCAUGUCUACCUCACUUCAUACAUAUCAAAUAAAGGUGUAGGUUUACCUUGGGAGUAUCGAUCACUGUGUUAGGGAAAAAUACGCCGAUAUCAUUUCCUCCAGCCUCCAGGCAGGACCCAGACCCCCGGGUCCCCGAUACAGGAACGCUCCAGGUCCCCGCUAAAAGGAACCCUGGGACCAGUCCCAGGGACCGACCUCUCUUCCGAGAAAUGGAAGAUUUCCGAUAAGGAGAACCUUCCAUAUUUCCGAAUAUGGAAGAGUUCAACCUAAAUCAAACCGACUUCAAGGCGACUAUAUAAGGGCUCCUAAGUCCCAAAAUCAAAGGAUCGACUUCUCCAAGGCUUAGAGACUAGGGUUAGACAGCUAGAAUUAGGGUUCUUACCUAAUACUUUGUAACCUUGUUUACUCUCGCUUGUUCUACCUAAUAAAACGUUUUUUGAAGACUAUCUUCUUAUUACUUUACCCAAAUCCUCACGAAACAUACAAACCUACUCAAAACAGAUACGACUCUCUAGCUUAUCCAUCGUUCUGUGGUACUCUAAAAGAGCCUACACAAAAAUCCCUUAACAGUUUGGCACUAGAAGGAGGGGAGUAAUCUAACUACGUGAUGAUGGCGAUGGAUGAGCGCAACGAGCUAUCCGAAGCCGUUCGAAGAAAAACCGAGCCCCAGGGGCUACCCGGCGACUUGCAAAGCCGAGAAACUAAACUACAUCAAGCCCACGUCAUAUUCGGUUGGCUGGAGGCAGGUGAUGUAAGCCAACCCGCCGUCAAUACCAACAGUGUAGGGAACGACCCUGAAACCAUCAAGUCGGAACACCCUGGGACCGACAAGAUAGGUUUCACAGUCGAAGAACAAGAGAAGGUCUUGGUUCCACAUCAUGACGCCCUCGUCAUCUCGCUUACUAUAGCAAACUGUCUGGUCAAGAGGAUACUGGUGGAGAGUGGUAGUUCUUGUAAUAUCAUCUUCCAUGCUGCAUAUCAAGGUCUAGGGCUGGAGGAUAAUGCCCUGAUACGCAGAGUGACCCCCCUCUUCGGGUUAAGCGGAGAAAUCAAACGAACAACGGGGGAAACCAUCCUCCCUACCUACGCGGAAGGGGUCAGUUUACACACCAAGUUCCCGGUCGUUAACUGCCACUCUUCCUAUAACGGGAUCCUGGGCCGAGCAUGGAUUCACAGCAUGGGGGCAGUCCCCUCAACUCUCCACCAGAUAAUAAAAUUCCCCACACCCUGGGGCAUUAGAGCGAUUAAAGGAGAUCAGGAAACCGCUCACCACUGCUACCAGGUCGCUCUAAAGAAAUGGGCUGAGGUAGCUCCACCAUCGCAAAGCACGCCUCAGGCUCCACAUAUGGUAGAACCCGAGAUUGAAGAUAUGGAUGACAUGCCGUUGAUCGAAGGAAACUCGACCCGUAACCUCAAGAUCGGCUCCAAACUCUCCGAGGGGCUGAGAAGAAUGCUGAUAGAAUUCAAGGCAGUUCUUUCAAGGCUGCGUCCUCCUCCUCGUGGGUGGCGAAAUAAGAGGCUCGGUGUAGGGCGUCAUCCAACGAGAUAGUUCUCGUACCGCCAAUUCUUCCCUGAAUUUGGAUGAGAACCAGACGCCAUUCUUUAGUGCCGCGAGGGCAACGACUUCGUUCGGAUGUGAGAUCUUGGCCUUGAUUUCUCGGGAUUUGUUUAUGUACGCUCUAAAUGGCUCGAAAGACGCUUGUUUGAGAUUCCAGAGAUCUGCUUCGGCAACUCUGGUCUAUAUGAAUUGUCGAGGGCGGCCCCGGUGAGGUUCUCGGCAAAGAAGCGGCAGCAACCUGCUUCUUUUUCGUCGUCGGUGAGGUGUGCUCUAGAUAUUUCUAAACGGAAGGCUCGUACAUGGGCCUUCGGGUCUGUGUUUCCGGCGUAUUCGGGGAAUUUCAGUUUCCCGAUGUGAUGCAGCCUUACACUGGCGAUUGUUUGAGAAUGGAGUCCUCCUCGUUUCUUCGAUGACCAUGUCGAUAUCGGGAGAAGAACUGAUAGCCAUGUGCACGAUCGCAUGUAUCCUUUUGAGCUCGGCAUCGUUCCUUUCGAUAUAAUUCUGAAACGUCCCAGUUUCGCUCGGGAUCCCUAAGUCUUCCCUUUGGGGGUCGAUAUUGACGGGACCGCGAAGGUCGUGUCUCCGAGCUUGUUCCGUUAGGCUAUCAAAUCCUGCUUGAUGGAAGGUUCUCAUCGUGGAUGGAGUUAGAUUCUCGGAGAUAGAAUGGUUCGGUGGUGGGAUCAGUGUCCUUGGCUUCCCCUGCCUUUUCGUUGAUCCGUUCUGGAAUUGGAUCGGAGUGCUUCGUGGGCGUUGGGAGCCCAGUAUUGAUUUGGUCCAAUCCACUGUAGCUUAAGCUUCAGUGGGUUAUGCCUUGGGGCGAGGGUCGUUGUGAAUUUUCUCCCAUGUAGCGCCCAGAUCGAGCGCUUGGGAUCUCUGGAGUACCGAACAGUCCAGCGCUUUGAGGGUUGGACGUCGCUCUUAACGGAUCGAGGGGCAUUUGAUUUCUUUCUCGAAUGUUUGCAGCUCGAUGCUCUGCGAGCCCCCUUUCGGCUUGAUCCAGUCUGUUAGCAACAGAUUGGUUGGCGAUCCUUUGACUACGAAUCUUGUCGAUUAGAGUUGUCAUCUUUCCUCGGAGUUCGGUUAGUUACCUCGAGUUUGGGCUAGAGGAGUCGGCGAAAUCAGUCUGGAUUGGGAUCGGGUCAGGUCGUUGGAGGAUGGUCUGUCUCCAGGGCGGUUCCAGACCCGAGCUCCAGCUCGUUCCGAGAUUGAUGUCUGAUUGAUUGGAAGAGAUCCAUCUUGACAUGAAGUCUCGAUUGGAGGGAUUUGUUGCGUCGGGGCUGUUUCGGUCGCGUCGUUGGCUCCCGCUAACCCAAUUGGUGUCACUCUGGUUCCCAAGUCGGGCCCGACAGGAUUGAUGUCAUUGACCGUCAAAGGAGCUGUCCCAGUGGUCUGAUUAGGAUCCAUAAUCGCGCUUAGGAAACUUAGAUCAGUUUCUUUAGCAAAGAUGUUUUUCGUUUAUCUUCCCCGCAGUUGGCGCCAAAAUAUAGAACCUAAAAUCUACACUAAGUAUUUGAUAGUGAUCGGGAGUUUGAUCUAGGAAAGAUAAAAGAUGUAGGCAACAAUAUCUUUAGAACACAACGAUGUUAACAGUUUCCAUUACGCAAAAAUGGACUUUAUUGAUGAAUAGAAUCGAAUACAAUAAGUUGAACUAGAUCGAAUUACACAAGUGAGAUCGAUAAAUCUAAGAACGGGAAAAAACAAGGUCGAUGUAUGUGUGUAGCUCUCUCUAGGGUUUUCAAUGUCUCCUUCUCCGUGUUCCUCCUUCCUCCUUUGUAGUAAGUCGAUCCCGUGAUAUUCGUAACGGCUCACAGAUCUUCGUCUCCUGUUCCGUGAUCUCCGCGACCUCGGCGAGACCUCUUCGAACUCGUAUUCUCGUUGUGGGCUUCAGCUCCCUAAGGCCCGUGUCUUUGGUCGUGGCCUGUUAGUAUAUGGACCAAAAUUGGUUCCAACAUUUGUCCCCCAGCCUCUUUUGAUUUAAUUGAAAAUGGAAAGAGGCGGUUUAUCAUUUAACCCGAGUCUCUUCGCUUGAUGACCGGUAUCGCUUGGAUUUGAUUUGAUGAUGAUUUUUGCCGCCGCUAGGGCGAAGACUAGGUCUUUAUUGUUUUUCUCGAAAGCGGUGAUAGAGCCGUUAAGGUGGCUUACAUAUACGUAGACGAUCUCCGCGACCUCGGCGAGACCUCUUCGAAAUCGUAUUCUCGUUGUGGGCUUCAGCUCUCUAAGCCCCGUGUCUUCGGUUGCGGCCCAUUAGUAUAUGGACCAAAAUUGGGUCCAACAGUGACCACCUACUAGCGAGGCAGGAAGAGAGGGUAAAUCAGAAUUCAUCUUUCUCAAAUCAGGGAUGAUCUGGUGAGAAGCGCUGUGCAUCCUAAAUAUACGCCCAACCCUUUCCUUUUUAAAGACAGAGAAAAGGAAAUCGAAUAUUUCCAAAUCUCCUUGAGAAUCGUUAACAAAGGGUGACCGGCCUAGAAUGAAGGAAAUCCGAUCCAGGAAGGAAAAACGCUACUCAGAUCACGCUCCCGCCUUUUUCUGGUUCAAAGGAUCCUAGCUUAAGAGACUUCGGUUCUCUUCAACAAGAACUCUCCCCAGCCUCAUCGUCUCCAGAAAAUUCAAGACGCUACUAUCAAGCUCCAACUAAGUAAGUUGGAACCAAUCCUUGCCCGGGUUCAGGACCGAUGAAGCGGAGUCCUGCCUAAGGGGAGCCUGCUGAGAAUGAGCAACCCCGGUUGACUUGAGUGCACAGGUUAUUCCCCGAGUUCGAUGACGAAAUUGAACAAUAAGGGGAAAACUGUUAGGGAAAAAUAACUCGGUAUCAUUUCCUCCAGCCUCCAGGCAGGACCCACAUCCUCGGGUCCCUGAUACAGGAACGCUCCAGGUCCCCGCUAAAAGGAACCCUGGGACCAGUCCCAGGGACCGACCUCUCUUCCGAGAAAUGGAAGAUUUCUGAUUAGGAGAACCUUUCAUAUUUCCGAAUAUGGAAGAGUUCAACCUAAAUCAAACUGACUUCAAGGCGACUAUAUAAGGGCUCCUAAGUCCCAAAAGCAAAGGAUCGACUUCUCUAAGGCUUAGAGACUAGGGUUAGACAGCUAGAAUUCGAGUUCUUACCUAAUACUUUGUAACCUUGUUUACUUUCGCUUGUUCUACCAAAUAAAACGUUUCUUUAAGCCUAUCUUCUUAUUACUUUACCCAAAUCCUCACGAAACAUACAAACCUACUCAAAACACAUACGAUUCUCUAGCUUAUCCAUCGUUCUGUGGUACUCUAAAAGAGCCUACACAAAAAAACCCCUAACACACUGGACACAUGGACUCUUACUCAAGCAAGUAUCUGAACAUACAUGUAGUCUUAUCUAGUUCAUUUCUUCUCUCUCUUCUCACUUCUUCUCAGCCAAUGUCUCCCUUUUCUAAAGGGUAUCAUUUUAUUUUUUUAAUUGACAGAGAUAAUUUGGACAUGCUUCCAUGAAUCAAACUCUAAUGGUUGUAGCCACUAGAUCCUGUUCACUUCUUUUUGACCUUUAUCUUUUUCUAGAAUUUUAAUGAAUCAAGCUUUAAUGGUUGUAGCCACCAAAUUCUGUUCUUAUCCUUUUUAAAACUGAAGGGGAGUGAGGGGGGAGUAGCGACACACAUACUUUCUUACCUUCCGGACUUGCAGGAAGAAUCCAAUCCAAUGUAUACCAAGCCCGAAGACAAGCAGAUUAAGCUCAAUUAGGUUGGAGGUCAGCUUUGGUUCCUUCAAACAAUAUCAGCAAGUGUGGAUAAUUGGCUGGUGACCCGCUUUGGUAUCUCUAGUACACUCUGCGGUCAAUAAAUCUAAGAAUGGUGCUAGAGAGUGGUUAGAUAAUCCUUCUUGACUCAAUAAAACUCUUUUGAAAACAUUUUAUAAAACUCAUAGAUAAAAUAAAUAUCAAUAAACCUCCCCCAGACAUAGAUUACACUGUCCUUAGUGUUUAUCUAGCCGGAGUUUGGUGGGAAAUAAAUCAUAAGUGCAUAAGUAACAAGGUAGAACGAUAUACCUGCUCGCUGAUGUUGAUUAUCAAUCCACGUGUUUGAGUUUUCGUCGGCUGAUUCUGGUGUGGUACUGUUGAUUGAUAUCGAUCUGGUCUCAUCGCUCAGUAGGCCAGGAAAUCGUCUCCACGGAUCCUUUUUUUAUAUACCCAAAAUAAAGCAUAAUAUUAGUAGAACCUCCCCCUGACUUAAACAACACUGUCCCAGUGUUAUACAGUCUAAGAUGGUUGGAAGAUAAACCAUAAGUACUAAAUUUAACAAGGUUUCGCGAGUAUAACUGCCAUUGAUGUCAGUAUCGCCCAACACAGUUAAGUGGCGAUCGAUACUUAUGAUGCUCUGUCGAUCGAUACGCUGGCCAGCAGUCGAUCGAUGCUGGUCCUAAACUCAUGAACCUUGGAUCUCUUUUUUUUUGCAUAAAAUUUGAAAACGAAAAUCAGUAAAAAUUAAAACUUAGCUUUAAAGAAAAUACCUAAUAGUGGGUUGCCUCCCACUUAGCGCUUAUUUUUAGUCAUUAGCUUGACUUCUAGAGAUCUGAAUCAGUCCGGAUGAGAAUGUGAACUUGCUCCAAAACAAGUGUUAGUGUCUCUCUUCCUUAUCUUGUUGAUGCAGUUGAUAAAAGCUCUUGCAGAAACUUUCCCUUGCUCUCCUAGCUCUGGAUCACAUAGCACCCUAACCAUGGUAACAGGUUCUGGACCUCCUCUGCAGCGCACUCUACACUCAAGAUUUCCUUCUUGACAUUGCGAAGAGACUAGUGACAGGAGAUCUGCGUACCUUCUUCUUCUUUUUCUUCUUCCUCUUCCUAGUCCUUCCCCUAGACUUAGACUUUUCAGUCUUGGUCUGUUCUGAAAUUCGGAGGGUGUCGAUCGAUGUGGAUGGCUGAAUGGCAAUCGAUUCUCUAGGUAGCCUGUCGACCGAUGCUGCUGGCUGAAUGUCGACCGAUGGUGAAAAUGGUUUUGCAGGCUCAAGACUCGAAUCGACUGUACGUGCUGGAUCUUCAAACAUCUCUAUGCAUGAAAUAAACUCCUCACUCUUAUUCUUUUCAACAGGAUCGUAGAAGAAUCUUUCAUCAACAUUCGUCAAGCAAAUCUUAUUCUUCUUUAGAUCACAAACUGCCCCUACUGUAGCCAUGAAUGCCCUUCCAGAAAGUAGAGAAGAUGUCUUGCCUGAUUUGAUCUCCACGACAGGAAAGUCCACAGGGAUAGUGCAUUCCCCUAUCUCCACCUUAACAUUCUGGAUCAUUCCUGCUGAGUUUGCUUUGUACUUCUUGGUAGCACACUCGUAAGUUAAUCUCGGUUAUACUCCUCCUGUAAGUAUAUUACUUUGAAGCCUUCAUUGUGGAUAUCAUAUAGUGACACCUUUAUUCAUUAGGCUCAUUUGAAUUUGAUGUUGUUCUACCUAUAGUAUAUGUCAUGAGUGGAGGGAAGAAGUUAGAGCCCAACGUUUGUCAAAAUUGCGUGAUAUGAUCAUUAGUCUAUUAUAUAUAUAUCAUAGCAAACAUUUUGUUAUUCGUAUUCUGAGUAAUCUAAUCCUUUUAUUUGUCAUAGGGUCCAUACUCACUUAAAAUGAAGGUUCCAUCUUUAGUCCUAAUAGCUCAACAGCGUCUAUGGCCAUGAUGCUAACUACAGAUCCAGUAUCGCAGAGGUCAUCUGGCAAGUCUUGGUCAUGUAUACAGCAUGGAAUCAGGAACUUUCCAGGAUCUUGCUCCUUCUUCAGAGUCAUCUUAGGUUUACGGAUGACCUUGUUGAAUAGCAGCUCAAUGUCCUUAUCUGUCUCUCUGCUCUCUCGGAAGAAAUUACCAAGUCUGUACUUAUAAUAUGCUUUCCCCGAAAGACAUAUCCUUAGGAACCCUCUUCACCCUCUUAUUAAAUUCAUCAACUUCCACUUUGUUAGCUUCUCUCCUAAGGUGUUUGGGAAUAUAGGGUUUCCUAGAUUUCACUUUCUUCCCACUUGUAAUUCUUUAUUCAGUUGCCUGCUGUUCCAUGGAAGGUUCGUGUCCAUCCAUUUGGUGUCGAUCGAUAUCUGGUUUAUGUCGUCGAUCGAUACUUUCAACGAAAGAGGUUUCAGCUAGGAUCGAUUGCUCUUGCUCCGGUGCCUCUGCAUGUUGCUGACUGGUCUCCUCUGGUGUCUUUAAACAAACUGAUGUUUGAGAUUGGUUUCGAGUUGCAUUCAAGCGGUCUGCAUCCAUGCUUGGUAAACGCACUCGAUAUGUCAAAGGCGGGCAUCGAUUGCCGCUCGGCUGCUGUUGCCGUUCAGUGUUCACAUCUUGUUGUCGAUCAAUGUUUUCCCUUUUAGAACAGUACAGGAUGGGAGGAUGAGGGUAUCGUGCGGUGAAGUCUGAAUGGAUCUGAAUUCGAACAGUUUUUUCGAUCCCAAAAGUGGUGUCGAUUGAUGCUCGGCUGAUGAUGUCGAUCGGUGCUCAGUUGUUGGUGUCGAUCGACACCAGUACGAGCUUCCUAUGGUCAUGGAGCUUUCGACUAGAAACGCAUCUUCUUCCAGCUGCUCCUGCUCGAGCACUUCCCCAAAGUCAUUAUCUGAGAUGGUAUCAACAUGGUGCCUCUCACUUUCCACAGCUUUCCCUUUGACCAUAGCUUCUUGCUUCUUCACAGCUUCUGCAGUCUGAGAAACCUGGGUAUCCAGCAUCAUGACAUGGACAUCUAAGGUUUCAAAUUUUCUAUUCAGCUCUUUGUAGAGAACAUCCAACCUCAGAUUUAAGUAUGCACUCGUCUCCUGCUGAAUUUCCAGGACCUUCUCUAUCAUAGAUUACAUCGUUUAUAUAUGGCCCUGAUCCUCAUCCUUCUCAACAGCAUGUUCUACCAACGAGACUUCAUGUACAUAACCAAUGUUGGCUUCAACUAUCUUGUCACCAUCUAUUACAGCCUAUCUCAUCUUGUGCAUAUCCAAAUUCUUGGAAACUUUUCUUGACACUCAGUUCUCAAUCAAUUCCUUAGCUUCCUCUAGGAUCCUUGUCUCGAAGUUUCCUUCGCUUGCAAGAUGCAGCCUUAUAUAAUAUCGCACAUCAAUACCCUUGCAAAACCUCUUCAACGACUGAAUCUCUGUAAAACCAUGAUGUGGACAGUCCUUUUGGUAUCUCCUAAACCUCUCCCAAGAGCUUUUGAAAGCUUCUCUAGGUCCCUGAGAGAAUGGCCAAAUCUCAUCUCUUAUCUCUUCAGCCUUUUCAUCAUAAAAAAAUUUAGUCAAAAACGCAGUCCUGACAUCAUUCCAGGUAGUGAGAGAUCUUGGUGGUAAUUGCUUCAGCUAUCUAAUCGCAUUCCGAGAAAGAGAAUAUUUGAACAGCUUAUAGAUGAUGUAGUCUCAAUAUGAUCCAAGGGAUUUUCAUGUGGAAGACCAUGAAAAAGGUGCUAAUCCAAUAGAACCAGUAUGCGGGUUUCAUAUUAACUCCUUGGAUCGCUGGAGGUUGAAUUGCAUUCCUAUUGGUAUAGAACUGACUCGACAGGAUCCAUUCUGCCAUCGUUCUCUGUCGAAGAACUCUAUCAACCUCUGUAGCAGCAGAUGUGUCAAGGAUUACAGCCCUAUGUGCAUAUACUUUAUGACCUGCUGCAUUACACAUAUGACCCUCAGGGUCAUGCAGGUCUCCAUUCUCAUUCCUUGUCAGCACAGGAGCCGCGACCAUGUUGUCUGUUCGCGGUUUGGUAUCUAUCGACGCUAGAUUUGAAGUGUCGAUCGUUGCUCUCUCACAAAUGUCGAUCGACGAAGAAGAGUUGGUGUCGAUCAAUGCUGCACGUUUCUCUUUGCGGGUCGUGCGUUCCAGUCGUGGUGGGUCUGAGAAGAAUAGUAAUUCCUCCUUGCUGCUUUUGGUACAAUUGGGCAUGUACCUGAAAAACAAGAAAAAACUUUUGUGAAUAACUUAAAACAGUAAAUAAAACCUAGACUAAACCUAAUAAUCAAGUCUAAUGGCGAUCAAAGCUCCCCGGCAACAGUCUCAAAUUUGAUAUCACUCAAAUUACCCUAAGGAGUGAUUUGUACCCUCUCAAAUAAGAGGUUGAGUUGUAGCACUUAGGGAUCGAAUCCCCAAAGAGCUAGGGCACACAAUAGACUAUAGAAAUCAAGAUUAAGCUAGGCAAACAGUUUAUAAAACAGUAAAUAAAUGAAUGCAAGGUGAACAAAGUAGUUGUUCGAUUGGUUAAUUGAGGUUGUAACCAAUUAGGAGAAAUAGCUAGACUAAGAGAUUUAUCAAUCAAGAGAUUCAAUACUACAAUCAAGGAUGCUAAGGGUUUUAUAGAUUCAAUUCUAGAACUCGAUUUUAAUAAGUAGCAAUCCAGCUUUCGCAUGCAAUUGCUAAUCAGCUGUCUAAGUCCUAUGUUCCAGCUUUCGCGUGCGGACCAGAAGUCAAGCUAAAUGACUAUAACAAAGCGCUGAGUGGGAGGCAACCCACUAUUAGGUAAUUUCUUUCAGUUUAGUUUUGAUUGUCACUGAUUCAAGUUUUUAUUUAUUGUAGAUAAAAAAAAAAGACAGAUGAACAGUAACUACAGUUGUGUAGCAACCGCACUGUAGCAGAUGCACUGUAGCAUCGAUCGACACUGUAGCAAGGAAAUCGAUCGACACUGUAGCAAAAAAUCGA